AUGGCGACAGUGGAAGAAAAUCAUGCUCUUGAUCGCUCGUUUCUUGGAAAAACGUCAAGCAUUCUACGAAAGUCCUUGAAAGCAUUGGAUCGACAAGUGCCAGGAAUUGACACGUUCUCUGAGCCACUUUCUUCGAUCAUGCCACUGCUACUAUCGAACACGACUGCUUGUCAGGAACCGUCAUUGGCGGCGCAGCCGCUUACGUUAAUUACUAAGAAGACGGUGAUGCCAUCAUUGACAUCACUUACUAAGCUUUUCUUGGCAAAGACCUUUCCAUCACCACGCAUAAAGUUGUGGGGUACUCAGAGCAGUCCAACAGGGGUGGACGAACCAAUGGCAACGAGCACUGAAGAUGCACGAGGUGACAUUUGUGAGAUUGUCGUAGUGGCGAUUCAGAAAGUUAUUGACUCGAGUGCGUACGAACACGACCGUGGAAGUACAAUGGGCCCUGGUAGAGUACAAAAGGCAUCGAUCUGGAACGCUACGAAGCGGCCACAAGGGCAAUUGUCAUUGCCACACCAUAUAAGCUGCUCUAUCCGCAGUGGUGCGACGACCAAAGUCUCUGCUCAGCCUAAACGAAACGACAGGGAAUUUGUCUUUGACGAAAAGUUUAUCUUUGAGCGACGAGAAAAGGAUGAACAGUAUCAUGAGGUGACUAUUAAGGUGUCGAGUGUUGCACCUGGUUUCAACAAGAAACACUGUCUUGGCCAAGUACAUGUGGACUUGGAUGCUGCGUUUGCUGCACAGACAAUGGGUCCUAUCUACAGACAGAGUGCUUUACAGACAAAUGACGGCUCGGAAUCGAGGAUGGAGAUUUACUAUGUACUUCACCGUCUGGUAGUAAAGAAUGCUAUGGCUGCCACUGCUUCACGAAAGCUCAUUCGAUCAAGCAGGAGUCUUAACGACGAUGACGACAUGGACGCCUGUGGACAGAUUUUUCCCGAUUUAUGGUAUCUAUGCUAA